CGUCUUUUAAUCCCAAAAAGAAAUUCACAAUUUAAGAUCAAAAUUUUCUCUUCUGCUCAAAUUCAACGCGUUGGAAUUUUAUCGAAUCAAAAGAUUUCGUAAAAUUGUACGAAUUAGUAUUAUCUGAGAUGAAAAAUUAGCUGGAAGUUGAACUCUGUUGAAGGUUUUUCGUUCAAUUGUUCGUUUGAAUUGGGUUUUCAAACUCUGCAGGGAACAUUCUAUUAGAGACAGUGGACAGGAUUAAUAUUCCGCGCAAGCUACCUUAAAAUGACUGACAAAGCGUGUUUAAAGCGCCUCCAAAAGGAAUAUAGAGCUCUAUGUAAAGAACCUGUCUCCAAUGUGGUGGCACGCCCUCUGCCAAAUGACAUCCUUGACUGGCAUUAUGUUUUGGAGGGAAGUCAAGGAACACCCUUUGCAGGGGGAUAUUAUUAUGGAAAAAUAAAGUUUCCACCAGAUUACCCAUUUAAACCUCCAUCAAUCACUAUGACUACUCCAAAUGGACGCUUUAUGACACAAAAGAAGUUAUGCCUGUCCAUGAGUGAUUAUCAUCCUGAGAGUUGGAACCCCAUGUGGUCUGUCUCAAGCAUACUGAAUGGGCUCCUUUCAUUCAUGAUGGACAAUAGCCCUACCACUGGCAGUGUCUCAAGUACAGAAGAAGAGAAAAAGAGGCUGGCAAGUGCUUCUCUGGCUUUCAAUUGUAAAAACCCUACUUUUAGGAAACUAUUCCCAGAGUACGUAGAGAAAUAUGAACAACAGUUAGCAACCGAGCAAUCUGCAGAUCAAGCAGCACAAGAAUCCGUGAGGGAUGAAAACUCCCGUCCGACAUUAAAGAAACGUGGAUCCAAGGUGGACCCGAAUAACGUAGACAUCCCAAAUGAGGUGAAUAACCAGCAGAAACGUCAGUCUUUCCCUACCUGGCUGUCAUUGAUGCUCGUUUGCAUUUUUGCUGCCGUGAUGGCCCUGCCCCUGCUUCAACUUUGAUGAUAUAUGUGACCCAUCUUGAAAAGGGAUGUUUUGAGUGUGAUUUAGGUGUUAUAUUAGCAUCUCUAAUGAUGUCGCAAUCUAUGAAAUUACUCGAUAUCUUAUAAGUCUUAAUGUACCAAAACGGGACCUGUACAGUGGUCGUGCAAAUGAAGGAAAUAUGAUUUGGUGCUGA